CGGGUCAGCGGAGUAGGCAGCCAUGGAGAGCCUGCGCGGCCUGCGCCAGGCGGCGGGAAGUUAUUUUAGGUUAUAUGAAAGAGGUGCUUUCUCAUCUCUAAGACUUAGCAGAAACUCCGAUUUGAAGAGAAUAAACGGAUAUUGUGCCAAACCACAAGAAAGUCCAAAAGCUCCACCCUACACUUACAGCCACAAAGUGCCAUUACACAAACCUACACAAUGGGAGAGGAAGAUCCUGGUAUGGUCAGGUCGCUUCAAAAAGGAAGAUGAAAUCCCAGAGACUGUCUCGUUUGAGAUGCUUGAUGCUGCAAAGAACAAGAUCCGGGUGAAGGUCAGCUAUGCAAUGAUUGCCCUGACAGUGGCAGGAUGCAUCUGGAUGGUUAUUGAGGGCAAGAAGGCUGUCAAAAGAAACGAGUCUUUAACAAGCCUGAACUUAGAAAAAAAAGCUCGCCUGAGAGAAGCAGCAGCUCUGAAAGCCAAAACAGAGUAGCAGAGGUAUCCGUGUUGGCUGGAUUUUGAAAUUGCAGGAAUAAUGUUGCAGCAAUUAGCCUGUAUUAAAAAGAAUACAGUAUGAGGAUUCAUUUCAUGAAAGUAUUGUUUGCACAGACUUAUAAUUUCCCCCAUUUUUGACAUAGUGGGACAAAUAAAUUUCCUUAAAUGACUUGUCUAUAUUUUUGUGGCUUGGAUCCAGGUUAAAUGCAGCCUUUCAGCUUUUUGGAGAAAAUGAAUGAAAAAUGGGGCAACUUAUUUAAACUUUAAUAUUAACUCUUCUUUAGGGAGUCAGAAACUGUAUCUUACUUUAAUUUCCAUUACCAAAGUGAUUUUCUCUGCAGAAGCCAAAAUGGCUUCUAGUUCUAUAUUUCUCUCUCUUGUGUACUCAUUUCUAGAGAGGUAAGGAAGACCAGCUGAGUACAGUGCCCAGGUGCAUCUUGGAGAGCUAACCUCCCCAAAUGCAUUGGUGCUUCACGAGAGCCCUGCGAAGCAGCCCCAUCAAACUCUGCCGUCUUUGGGCAUGCUGGCAGACAGAGGCUUGUCAGAGAGCAGUCUUGGAAAAGGUCCCUGUAAGGUGAUGAGAGUGGUCCGGCCACAAGUUUCUGAGAACUCUGAAAUCCCAGCACCAUGAAGUUGCUUGGGGCCAGUAGUCACCUCUUCUCCAU